GGAGGCUGGCCCCGCCCACUACGGGUUGGCCCCGCCCAAGGCCCCGCCCCCCUCCCGGGAAACGGCGCUGGCUCCGCCCCCCUCCGCUGCCUGUGAUUGGGCGCUGGCGCUCCGUCCGCCUCUUCGUGUCGUCCACGUUUGCCGACAUGGCGGCCGAGCGCGACGCGCUGGUGAGGGCGGCGCUGCCCAGGCUGAGGGCCAUGGCUGCCCCACACGGCGUGGGGCUGAGCGAGGUGGAUCUGCGCUGGGGGGUGGACGACCCCGACCCACGGAGGCAGGUGGAGCUGUGCCUGGAGGAGGUGACGCGCAGUGACAUCAUCGUGGGGGUCCUGGGAGAGCGCUAUGGGGCACGGGCACCAAGCCCCCCCCCACAGGGUUUCCCCCCUGGCCGCUCAGUGACAGAACUGGAGCUGCGGAUGUUCCUGCAGCGCUGGAGCUCCGCCCCCGGCCCCGCCCCCGCCCUCAUUUACAUACGAGACCCCGCCUUCCUUCAGGCGGUGCCAGAAGAGCUGCGCGGGAUCUAUGGGGCGGAGUCGGAAGAGGCGGCGGCCAAAAUGGCGGCGCUGAAGGAGGAGCUGAAGGGGAACCCAGCAGUGGGAGCCGUCAGGAGCUAUCGGUGCGGUUGGGGGUCAGGUGGCCCCACAGCUCUGGAGGAUUUUGUGGCCCAGGUGGUGGCCGACGUUUGGGACGUCCUGCAGCGGCACUUCCUGCACGGGGCGCCGCCGUCCGUUCAGGAUUCCUUCCUGGCUUCCCAGCAUGCCCUGGGCCCCGUCGCCAGAUCCCGAUUGGUGGCGGCCACGGCUGCGGCCAUCCGGAGGGGGGAAGGCAACCGACUGCUGCUGACCGGGGAACCGGGAGUGGGGAGGACUGUCUUCAUGGCAGCCCUGAUUGGUGCCCUGCAGCAAGACCCGCCCCCUUCUGCCUCCAAGCCCCUCCCCCAGUGCCUGGUAGCCUAUCACUUCGCAUCCGCCCGCCCCGACCAAUCAGACGCCAGGGUGGCCCUCGCUCAACUCUGCGCCCGAUUGGAGGAGCUGCUGGGCAAGGCAAGCCACGCCCCUUCGGAAGGAUCCACCUAUCAGGAGCUGAGGCCACGCCUCCUGGCGCUCUUGGCCACGCCCCCUCCGAAGGGGCGGCGCCUGGCGCUGCUGAUUGACGACGCCCACUUCCUGCACGUGGGCGGGACCGAGCGAUCCGAUUGGCUGCCGCCGGCCGUGCAUCCGCGCGUCUCAUUGGUGCUCAGCGCCCCGGCCACGACAAUCCCCGCCCAUUUCCCGGAAGUAGGCGGGGCUUGGACGCCCCUCCCCCUCCGCCCGCUUCCCCCCCCUGAGCGCGCCGAUCUCCUGGGGGCGGAGCUUCGCCGUUGGGGGCGGAGCUUGGAGCGGCGCUACGUGAGCGCCGUGCUGGGGAAGGGCGGGGCCAAGCUGCCGCUGUAUCAGCGCCUCCUAUUGGCCGAGCUGAGAGCCUUCGCCCGCUAUGAGGAUCUUCCGGAAGUGCUGCUCACAGCCCCGCCCACCGUCCCCCGCCCUGCUGCAGCGGAUCCUUCACCGAUUGGCUGCUCGCCACGGCCCCGCCCUCUCGCUCUCAUUGGCCGCCCUCAGCGUCGCCCCUUACGGAUUGGAGGAGGCGCAGCUGCUGCAGCUGCUGGGGGCGGAGCCUCGGCUGAGGGGCGGAGCCAAAACCACGUGGGAGGAAACCCUGCGGGCCCUGCGCCGAGCCAAGAUGGCCGCCGAGAUGUGGGGGCUGCUGAGGGACCUGCGAUGGCUGCUGGAAGCAUGCGGUGCCCCAUUGGACACUCCUGGAUCCCGCCUCUACCUCGCUGGCUCCCGAUUGGUCGAAGCCGUCCAGACCUUCUUGAGGGCGGGGCCAAAGAAACGCCCCACCGCUGGCCACGCCCCUUCCGGCAGACGUGACGUCAUGGCGACGGCAAGAAUGCUAUUGGCUGGCCUGACUCUGCUCGCCGCCGACCCAUUGGCUGACGGCAGCUUCCUGGGGGCGGAGCUUGAACACCUGGCUUUGCUACCG